AUGCAAAAAUCACUAGAUAUUCCAACACCUCCAAUUGAUUUAUACCAUAAUGGAUUUGAUAAUGAAGAAAGUAUAAGAAAUAUUAGUGAAUCAAAUAAUGAUAAAAUUUCACCAAAACAUAAUUAUUAUUUAUCUCAAUCAAUUAAUCAUAACAGAGAAACAGAAGAACAAUGUAUUAAUUCAGAUAUUAUAAAGCGUAAAGAAAUAUAUACAUAUUCUGCUCCAUUUAAUUUAUAUUCAGCUGGUUGGUCAUUUCGUUCUGAACCAAGUUAUCGUUUUCGGUUGGCAGUUGCAAGUUUUAUUGAAGAGUAUAAUAAUAAAGUACAAAUUGUUCAAUUAAAUGAAGAAACACAACAAUUUCAUGCAACAGCAACAUUUGAUCAUCCAUAUCCAGCAACAAAAGUUAUAUGGAUUCCUGAUACAAAAAGUACUCAUAGAGAUCUUAUUGCAACAACAGGAGAUUAUCUAAGAAUAUGGUGUGUUAAUCAAAAUAAUUCAGUUUCUCUUGAAUUACUUAUGAAUAAUAAUCGUUCCUCAGAAUAUUGUGCACCAUUAACAUCGUGUGAUUGGAAUGAAGUUGAUUUUUCAUUAAUAGGUACAUCAUCAAUUGAUACUACUUGUACAAUAUGGCAAGUUGAGACACAACAACCAAUAUUUAAAACAACUCAAUCACAAGAAUCUCAUGUUAGAACUCAAUUAAUUGCUCAUGAUCAAGAAGUUUAUGAUAUUUCAUUUUCACGUUUAGGAUCUGGUCGUGAUAUAUUUGGAUCUGUUGGAGCUGAUGGUUCUUUACGGAUGUUUGAUUUACGACAUAUGGAAUAUUCUACAAUAGUUUAUGAAGAUCCAUAUAGGAUACCUUUAUUAAGAUUAUCAUGGAAUAAACAAGAUCCAAAUUAUUUAGCUACUUUUUCAAAAGAUUGUUAUUAUGUUACAAUAUUAGAUGUUAGGGUUCCUUCAAUUCCUGUAGCAAAAUUAGAAAAUAAUAAAGCUUUUAUUAAUGGAAUUUCAUGGGCACCUCAUAGUUCAUGCCAUUUAUCAACCGGUUUUGGUAUACAGGCAUUAAUUUGGGAUAUCCAUCAAAUGCCUAAACCAAUAGAAGAUCCCAUCUUAGCGUAUGCAGCUGAUGGUAUGAUAGAACAAAUACAUUGGUCUGCUUCAAUGACAGAUUGGAUUUCUAUAUGUUAUGACAAUAAUCUUCAAUUACUUCGUGUAUAA